UUCUUGUUUUCCAAGCUCAGCUACGUUCAAGUCAUUGAUAGAGUUUAGUAAUGCCUGUGAUCGGUACUGGACGUAGACGUGUUUAAGUUCUCAACUGGCGGCAGUUAAAGAACUCGUUUAAUAUUUAAAUUGAUUGCAGCUGUUAUUGGUGUUUAAAUAAUUAGCAAAAUGUUGCAUUUGACCAGCGCAUUUGUGAUUGCAUUGCUUAUGUUUUUAUACACUGUGUCCAACAUUUCCGCGAUUACUUAUGGUCGCUGCGUCUCACCAUUCAAUGGCAACGGUACCUGUGUGCAGUUAAUCGAGUGUCAAUUUAUUGUCGACAUCAUUUCCGGGUCAUUGAAUGCCGAAAAUGAGGAAAAACUGCGAAAAAGUCAAUGUGGCUAUGACAACACUUUCAAAGAUAAUUCGCACAGAAUUGUGGUUUGUUGUCCAGAUAAACACUUGAAAGAGCCAACUCCACAUGUAAGGACCGAGACGCAAGAGAGCCCUGGAAAUGUUUUACCCUUUGCUGGUGAAUGCGGAAGUUCGAUUACAGACUUUAUAUAUGGCGGUAAUAAGACACGUAUUUUAGAUUAUCCAUGGAUGGCYUUACUUCGAUAUAGAACACGUAAUAAUGAACUUGACUUUCUUUGCGGUGGCAGUUUGAUCAAUUCCCGUUAUGUGCUCACGGCCGCGCAUUGCAUAAGUCGUAGCAAUUCGAACAACGAACCAGUCUUGCAUAGUGUUCGAUUGGGUGAAUGGGACAUCAGGACCAAUCCCGAUUGUGAGGUGGACAUUAACGGCAAGAAGUCUUGCGCACCGCCAUUCACUGAGUUGGGCAUAGAAAAGGCAAUAGCACAUCCCAACUAUAUAAGCAGCUCAAAUGAGCAGUACUACGACAUAGCUUUACUGCGUCUGGAGCAAAGUGUGACAUAUACCGAUUUCAUACGUCCGAUCUGUUUACCGGCGUCUACCGAGUUGUGUAACAGCAUGUUCGUGAACAGCACAAUGGAAGUGGCUGGCUGGGGAGCCACAAAUAAACCCAAAGCCGCCUCAUCGCCAGUCAAGUUGGCUAUUAGUGUGGGGAUCUGGGAGACGGAUAAGUGUAAAAUCAUUUAUAGGUCGUCGAAUCGCUUAAUCAAUGGCACGCACCAAUUGUGCGCCGGUGGCGUGAGUGGAAUCGAUUCGUGUCGGGGCGAUUCUGGUGGACCAUUGAUGAUGCCCGAGUUAAUAAAUAAUCGCUUUAUUUACUUUGUGGCAGGCGUUAUUUCCUUUGGUCCAAAACCAUGUGGUUAUAACGGUUGGCCAGGUGUUUAUGCGCGUGUGGGUAACUACGUGGAAUGGAUAAAAGGUGCCAUCGAAUACAUUAUUUGUGAAUUCUCGGUAACAAUGAUGCUUAGGGCAAUUGAACUAUUGUUGUGGCUCUUCGUCGCUGUCUACAUACUGGCCGUAAACACUGUGCUGGUGAGUUAUGGCGUUUGCAAUACACCUUUCGGAUUUUCAGGUCAUUGCGUACCAUUGUCGGACUGCCCAAGUCUAUAUAAUCUACUUGCCCAAGCCAAUGACGACAAUGAUAUCUUUAAUCAUUUGCGUAAUAGUUUCUGCGGAUCUGACGUUAAUGCCACUUCGGGACCGGAUAGGACACGCGUCUGCUGUCGAGAUAAUCCAAAUGCUGAAAACAAAGAUAAGGAAUCAGGUAAAAUGUUGCCAACACCAGGCACUUGCGGAAUCACUUUCAAUAUGCGAAUUUUCGGCGGCGUAGAAUCCCAAGUGGAUGAGUUUCCUUGGUCAGCGCUGAUAAAGUACCAGAGACCAUACAAUGCCACAGCACUGAACUGUGCCGGCGUGCUCAUCAAUCAACGCUAUGUCCUCAGCGCUGCUCACUGUCUUAGGAAUCCGAGCAUACCGACCACGUGGAAGCUUGACAGCGUACGCCUCGGUGAGUGGGAUACCAGAACAGAUCCAGAUUGUUAUGAAACUGCCGAUGGCAAUAGAAACUGUGCGCCUCCAUAUGUGGAAGUAAAGAUCGAACGUAUUAUCGUCCAUGAUAAGUACAUACCACAUUCACAAUCGGAAUUAUAUGACAUCGCACUAAUACGCAUGGCGGCCAAUGUUAACUAUUCGGAGACCAUAAAACCCAUCUGUCUGCCACUUUCCAACGAUUUACGGCAAAUGACAUUUGUAAAUGAAUAUGCCGAUGUGGCUGGUUGGGGCCGCACAGAAGUGAGCACCUACAGUGCUGUGAAAAGGACCAUCUCACUGCUAAUUUGGGAUACGGACGCGUGUGCGCAAAGAUUCCAAACCAUACAAAUCCCAGUGAAUAAGACGCUGCAGYUGUGUGCGGGCGGACAGCCGAUGCAGGACACAUGUCAGGGCGAUUCCGGGGCGCCGUUGACGAUGCGUGGCCGUCUGAUGAAUUCCCCACACUUUGUGGUGGGCAUUGUAUCGUUCGGUAUGCAGCCUUGUGGUAUGGCCUCUUGGCCAGGCAUUUACACGCGCGUCACCUACUAUGUUGACUGGAUUUUGAACAACCUGGAGGAUUAACACUUGUUAGCGCUAUAUGUGCAGACAAUUUGGAGCAUUCUUUCCGAUAUAACAUUGAUUGCAUCAUCCGAUACUGUUUUGAAUGCGCAGCAGGUUCUCAAUGACGCCAGUCUGUGUACCGAAGCAAUUAUUUCAGAUGGCAUUAUACCUGAAAUCCCAACAGCUUCGUGA